UCCGGGUUCUCUCCCCCCUCCCUCCCCCCUCCCCCCUGUCUGCCCGAUGUUCCUCCUGCUGGAGACACAAACAACACAACGCUGGAGAGCAGCGAGGGAGCGGAAAGCACAGCGCACAACACGGGAGGUGGAGGGAGGACGAAGCGCGGAACAACAGCAGGUUUUGCGCUAGAAACCGGAGGAGCGGAGUGGACGCAGAGAGAGGGAGACACUUAUUGUCCACGUUAUCGUCUCCGUCUCCAAACGUCUCCCGUGCGAGGACCCGCGGAUUGGACAGAGGAGGCGACGCCAUGACGACCGAAAUGCAGGAGAUCGCCAUCACGGAGGAGAAGCCGCUGCUCACGGGUCAGGCUGAGUCCAAGGAUGCUGAACUGGCUGCUAGGAUACUCCUGGACCAAGGACAGGAGCACAACAUCGAGACCCCCCACGGCGUCCUGCACGUGACCCUGCACGGCACGCGGACCACCCGCCGGCCGGCCAUCCUCACCUUCCACGACGUGGGUCUGGACAACAAGAGCUGCUUCUCCCCUCUGUUCAAGUUCGAGGAGAUGCAGGAGAUCGUGAAGAACUUCACCCUGAUUCACGUGGACGCCCCGGGGCAGGAGGAGGGCGCCGCCCCUUACCCCGCCAGUUACCAGUACCCCUCCAUGGACGCCAUCGCAGAGAUGAUCCCUUCCGUCCUGCAGUUUUUCAACUUCCGCACGGUGAUCGGAGUGGGAGUGGGAGUGGGCGCGUACGUCCUCUCCAAGUUCGCGAUGGCGAACCCGGACUCGGUGGAAGGCCUGGUUCUGGUCAACAUCGACCCCGACGCCCGAGGCUGGAUCGACUGGGCCGCUCAGAAGCUCAGCUCCGUGACGUCCUCUCUGACGGAGCAGAUCAUGUCCCACCUUUUCAGUCAGGAGGAGCUGAGCUCCAACUCGGAUCUAGUGCAGUCUCACAGAGAGCGCAUCUCCAAAGCGUCCAAUCUGGUCAACAUAGAGCUCCUCUGGAAGACGUACAACAGCCGCAGGGACUUGAACAUCGACCGCAGCAGCUCCUUCAAGUGUCCAGUGAUGUUGGUGGUGGGCGACCAGGCUCCGUACGAGGAGGCGGCCGUGGAGUGCAACAGCAAAAUGGAUCCGACGACCACUUCCUUCCUAAAAAUGGCCGACGCCGGAGGUCUCCCGCAGCUGACCCAGCCCGCUAAACUGACUGAGGCGUUCAAGUACUUCAUCCAGGGAAUGGGCUACAUGGCUUCGUCCUGCAUGACCCGGCUGUCCCGCUCCCGCACCACCUCCCUGUCCUCCUCCUACUCCAUGGAGGGGUCCCGCUCUCGCUCCCGCACCCUGUCCCAGGGCUCGCAGGGCGGCCAGAUGCCGCCGAGCCCCUCCCAGACGAUGGAGGUGUCCUGCUGAACCGGGGGAAUUAAAAAAAAAAAUUAAAAAUUAAAAAAAAAAAAUGGAGUGAGAAGGGAAAGGGAAAAGUGAAGCGCCGACGGUGUAGGAGGGGGAAAAAAAGGGAUGGGUCACUUAUUUGUCACUGAUCAACUUCCAUCGCCACAAGAGGCGGCGUGAGGACUGGAGACGGGGGGGAGGGAGGGAGGGAGGGAGGCGAGGAAGGGUUGUGGGAGAGAAAAAGGAAACCGAGGGAUUCCAGAGGGACCCGUCCCUCUGCUCGCGUCCCCCUCGAGGCCGACAAACAUCUGGUCUGCUCUGCUGUGAGUAUAAGAAGGGUAGACAAGAAGAGAUUAAUCGGGGGGGGGGGGGGCAGCAGUCCUCCCUCCCUCCCUCCCUCCCCCCCUCCCUCUGGGUCAGCCACUAGAGCCCUUUGAUUUAGACGAGGAGGCCUAUAGAGGCCGUACACCUUGCAUUAACCGAUAGUAAUAACUCUGUUGUCGACGGCGAUAUUGAAGCUGAUGAUGAUUAUAAUGACGUAGUAAAAAAAAAAAAAAGAGUAACACCGUUGUCUUUAUUACACAAUGAGCUUAAAAAUACAUAGAUACAAAUAAAAAAGACAUACUACAGCACAGAUACUUAUAACAAUGUGUGUCUACUACAACUACUUUUUAUUUGAACGUUUUUUGAUCUGAUUUUAUUUCCUCAUUUUAACCCGAUUGAAGGUUUUUCAUGUCUUCCAUUGGCCCCGUAUAUUUAUAUGUACCUUUCGUUUUACCAUCAGAAUUGAUUUUAGUGAGAUGGACGGGAAGCUUUUCUUUAUUUCUAUAUUUUCUUUCUCGACUUGGAAGUUGCAAACCUGGAAACAGCCCUCAGAAUUUGUCCGUGUGUGUGUGUGUGUGUGUGUGUGCGUUUGCUGAGCCUGGUGGUAAUCGCGUGACGGAAUAGCAUUGCAUAGCUGUAGCUAACGUUAACACCAGUCCAAUAGGGCUUCCAGUACCACGUGCGGCCCAACGGGAAGCGUUGGGCCGCUGCUGACGCGCCAGCGUGUCGGCGCUGGACGUGGCCACCAGGGGUCACUGUGUUCGUCAUGUGGCUUGUAACCUCUUGGCCUCGCCCUCCGAAGAAACCCAGCUAGCUUUACGUUUUUUGUGCGAGGUGACGGUCAAGAUGACCACGAGUUCCUCGCCAGCGACGGGAAGGGGAGGGUCGAGAGGAUCGUGUCGCGAAGGUUGCGAUGUGUCCGAGGGGGAAGGCGGGCUGAAUGUGAAGCGUGUUUGGGGGACGGCGUGCACAUUUUUGUAAUUUAACAUUUUGAGGCCAACGAAACCCUCCCCUGUGAGCGGUAACUGACAAUGCACCAGCCCCUUCACUGCCAACGUACUCAGAGAACAUCAUUAUUACGUCUUUUGAUAAGCAGCGUGAUUUUUGACAGUCGCUCUGAGGUUUGCUCGGGAGAGAUAUCGAUGAUGUUAAAUGACAAAGAGAAUCUGUUUUUUAAGCCACUUCUCCCGCGGUGCGAUGCUCCCCAGCCACCAGUUAAAACCGUAAGAACGAAAAAUUUGCUGUUUCUAUCCGUGUUCUCGGGUGUAAAUGCAGAGUUUGGGGGAUUUUUUUAGGGCACUUUUGCUGCCGUCCGGCGUGCUGAAAAGCAGAAUGUAAACGCUCCCGCCACACUUACAUUAGGACUCGUGCACCCGGUUACCCGGAGCGUCUACCAAAUAAGGUGGAGCGGAGGAAAGGAAGAUGCCAAAAAGGGAAGAGGAACGGUACUUAUUUGCGGAGAGCAGUACACGCUUGUCCAUUUUGUCUUUUCAUUUUUUUACUUCAAUCAUGUUUUCUUUGCCCUCUAUGUUUUGGGAUUAUUAUCAUGAUGUGUUUUUGUUAUCUCUGUGAAGUGUUAGUUUACCCUGCUGAUGUGCUCACAAGGUAGUUAACCGUGUGUGUGUGAUAGUUCAUGCGUAACCUUUCUUAGCAGUAGCGCUGAUGAAGGAGUAAUGUAAUAAACAAUUAAAGAUGAAAAGUAAUGAGAAUACAAUCAAUUUUACUUGUGUGGUUAAUUUCUCUGUGUAACACAAUGAACAUCCUAAAAAAAGGAAACUUAAAUACGAAUAAAAGCUACAGAGAAAAGUCC